CAGGCCUAACUCUGCACAAAAAUUAACUCCCAUUGAAUUUGAAAUUUCCAUUGAAUUGUUGAUAUUUUAUACCGGCGUCAGUAGUCGAGAUAACAUAAAUGGCUAUGGAUGUAAGGAAACUUAAUAAGUCACAUUACGAUAGAGGGAAGAAACUCUACCCACCAGCAAUGGGCCAGCGAGAAGAGAAAUACUUUCCAAUCAUAACAAAAAAUUAUUCUUAUGGAAAAGAGAGGAAAACGAUGACAAGAUCCUUUGAUCAACUGUGUCGACAAGAAAAAAGCAAAGGGACUUCAAAUCAACAGAAGAACGCAUUUCGUCUGCCCAAGAUCAAUGUGAAACGAGAAUCGUUCAGUGUUUGCCAAAGAUGCCAUUCUCGUGAUAAUCUUUACAAAAGAAGCAAAUUUGAGAAUAGCUCGUCUUCAUUGAACUCAUUUGCGGCGAAAAAGGUCACCUUUCAAGACACGGUGAAGUUGCCAGGAGAUGGGCCUGACUCGAAUUCCUCUCAAAGGCUCUUACAGUCGCUACGAAUUCUUGACCUCGACGUAUCGGGAAAAAAAUCCAAGUUUCAGCGAGAUAACAGUUUAAGAAUUUGUCCCGUGGAGCUAUUACCAAGACCCACAAGGAAUAUAAUCAGAAAGGAAACAAUUACCUUGUCAAAGCCUGGGAUCAAAGCUACAUAUCCCACGCUACAACUGUCAACUAUCGAUAAAAACGCAAUUUUCACUUUUUCGCCGUCUCCAUCACUGAGCUUCGAGUCUUUAGAUUCUAUAAUAGGAGGGCCGCGCACCCUGACGCAACAACCGCCAGAUAUUUUCUCCUCUCGUUCACCCUCAGAACUUGAGCUUACACCUCUGUCAACCCCAUAGUGCUUCAAUAAAAAAGGAAUCUCUUAACUUGUGACGAUUCAGGGAGAUACUUAUUCGAGAAUUGCAAGUUAUAUUGAAAAAAAAUCUUAAUUUGUGAACUUCGAGUGUCCUUUUUCUUUUUUCCUUCUGUUUUCCAUUGAGUUAAACUAGAAUCUGUCUUGAAGAGAGAUGGUAAAUACUAAGACUUUCAGAUUUUGCGAUUGAAUGCUAAACCAAAUAGGCAAGAAAGACUCGCUUGAGAUGAAGGCCAUAACCAGCGUCUGGUAUCUUCUCUGUUCUGAUACUUACAUUUAAUUUUAUUUUGAAAAUGAAUCUGACUUUGGAAACUAUUACUUGUGGAAAUUUGAAAUGUGCGGUGCAGUGAGGAAAGGGUAAACGAUUAUACCAAAGUUUGAGACCGUUGUGAUAAUCAAUUUGAGGGAGUAAUUCAACACGGAUAUCUUGUUGUUGAGGAACACUAGAGUUCUACUUUUCAUCUAGAAUACAAAACUGAAUACACAAAC